CCGAACAGCCCCAAAAAUCAUCCCCCCAAAGUUUUUCCCGAAUCGUUCUAAUUUUCUCAUCAAAAAUCCGACAUCCUCCAAUCGCUGACGAGUGCGUGUGACAAGUCUCGUGUAUGAGAGUGACUCCACCGGUAAUAGAGCUGUUAUCAAACAAAGUCCAGUGGUUCGAUUCAGUACUUCGCGAGUUACAUUUUUGCAUCAAAUUAAGAUUAAAGUGUUGAUUUUUGUUUGAACGACAAUUGCUAAAUUAUGUGGUCUCAUCAACAAUUGAAAUCAAGUGAAAUUUGACGAGAGGAAAUGGGCCGUUGAUGCGUCUUCAGCGGACACUGGCUCUUUAACCUCUAAAAAUGUCUGGAUGACGAAACAAAACGCAAUAACAAAUUUAUGAGGGGAAUUCUCUGAGGGAGUUGAGCAUCUUCUCGACAAUUAGGAACUCCAAGGGAUCUUGAAACAGCAUUAAUCGUGUCAAUUUCUGUUUGUUUUUGAUUGAACCCUUCAUCUUGGGGAUUCAGCAGAAGGAGGCAAGAUAUUUAUCCAUUUUCAGUGGACGUCAAGCCGAUUGAACCCUCGAAGAACCCCAAAUGACGAGAUAAACCUCAGGAAUAGUUUUAAAAAACAACAGAAUUAUGAUAUAAUUUGAGGAUCUCUUCAGUGCUCACGAACUCAAUAAGCUCUUGAGGUAUUUCAGGUGCUAGAAGAGCCAUCAAAAGAAUUCUCCAACGAUUUUAAGCAUCCCUUCGACAAUUGAGAACUCCAGGGGAUUUUGAAAAAGAAUUAAUCGUGUCAAUUUCUGUUUGAAUGACAGUUAAAAUCAUUGAAAAAGUGCUGAACCCUUCAUCUUGUAGAUUCUGCAGAAAGAGGUACAUAUUUAUCCAUUUUCAAUGGACGUCAAGCCAAUUGAACCCUCGAAGAACCCCAAAUGACGAGAUAAACCUCAGGAAUAGUUGUAAAAAACAACAGAAUUAUGAUAUAAUUUGAGGAUCUCUUCAGUGCUCACGAACUCAAUAAGCUUUUGAGGUAUUUCAGGUGCUAGAAGAGCCAUCAAAAGAAUUCUCCAACGAUUUCAAGCAUCACUUCGACAAUUGAGAACUCCAGGGGAUUUUGAAAAAGCAUUAAGGAUGUCAAUUCCUCUUUAAACAACAAUUAAAACCCUCGAAAAUUUGAUUAAACCCACUAUUCUCUGGAUUUUUACAAAAGGGAGAAAGAAUUUAUUCAUCUCCAGUAGACAACAACACAAACGAGCUCUCGAAAUUCCAGAAAACAAAAUAAAAUUUCGAAACUAGUUUAAAAAACUCGAAGAAUUCUAAAGAACUCGAGAAUUCUGCACCUAAGUUCUACAUCCUCAAUAAUUUAGAACUUCCAAAAUUGUUGAAAAUCAAAUAAAAUAAAAUAACAUCAAAUAACAAUAUGAAAUAAAACGAAAUAAGAUGGAAUAAAUUGAAAUGAAAAGAAAUAAGAUAAAAAAAUUAACAAAAUAAAAUAAAUUCGUUAAAAGCCCGUUCAUCUCAUUCAGAAAAACCCUUCCAGAUGUCGGAAGAGCCCGCAACAACAGUUUCACCAGACUCCCCCGAAGAGUUCUCCACCUCCAUCAAAAAUCUCCUCACCACCUGCGAACCCCAAAACCUCUCCCAGUACUUCAAAACCCACGGGACUGAGGAGAUUCUGGACAAGACCUCCUGGUCCCUAGUCCCAACGAUCUGCACCUACUUGACCGACGAAAACCUGAGGGCCAGAAACGACUUCUUCACGACCUGCGAGGAGCUGCUCCAGAUUUUCGCUGAGAAAUGCAACCCCGCAGAGACUGUCCUACUGUUCCUGGAGCAGGCUGAGAAUUUAUCAGACGACGUGAGGUUCCGAGCGCUCCUGAAGCCCCUGGAGAUAUCUCUGAGGAGAGGGGACGUGUCAAGGUCCAUCGACUGGGUCGUCAGCACCAUCAGGGCCUACGCCGAGGAUCUCCCACACCCCGAGAACGUGAACCCUCAAACGAUCGAUCCAAAGGCUCCAGAGGAUCCUGUCAUCGAGCGUCUGACAACUACCCACCGAGCAAUCCUCGAUUUCUUGUCUUCAGUGAUCGACGCUGCUCUUGAGAGGACAGACUCAAGCCCCAAGGGAGUGAAAGUCCUCAUGAAUUUGGUAAAUAUCCACUUGAACUUGUUCUCGAAGCCAUUCUGUCAUGUGGACGUCAAAGCUGAAGACAAUUCCUCAGUCUUUCACCUGACGAUCCUACAGCUGUUGAGAUUGGAGACGAAUCCUCUGAAGUUCCUGAAGAUCGUUGAAGACAGGAGUCACAGGAGAGUGAAGAGGCUCAACCCAGAGGCUGGGGAUAAUGAUAUUUACAACCUAGAGGCCCAACUCUUGGACCUGGAGGUCUCUGAUCUCACUUACGCCAAUUUUUUCUUCACCCUGAUCUCCUCGGAGUCGUUGUUCAGACGAUUGCCUCAGGUUUAUCAUCCUCAUUAUGUUAUGAACUGCUGUUUGUACCUGGGGAAUUGUCUGCUGCAGCAGCCGGAGUACGUCCUGGUCUCCAAGGGCCUCAGGCUCGUGGAGGUCGCUCUGAAGAGAGUGCCUGAAGAGUCGAUUCAACCUGAAGCAUUAGAAUUGACAAUUCAUAAGGAAUUGUUCUCCAGUAUCUCCCAGGUCAUGAUUUACUGCGACUCCUCGGGGGAGAGGCAGCUGGCUCUGGGGGUGUUCCAGGGGCACAUCAAGAGGUUCUCCAUGAGGGCGAGGUGCAUUGUCCUCCAGCAGCUGUACGAGACGACGAAGCACUCAGGACUGCUCGCCCUUAUCAUAAGUAUCCUGAAGUCCUCGAUAAUAAUUUCGCUGGAUCGAGGGGACGAGGACUUCUUGGGGAAGAUGGAGGGGAUCUUCAAGAGGAUCUUCAGACUUCCUCAUGGGUGUGCUUCGGACCUCGUGGAGCUGUCGGACGAGAUCAUUGCGGCGUUGAACCUUCUGAGGUUUCUGGUGAUCAGGGACAAGAGCAAUGCCACUGGGGUUUGGAGGCUGAUGCGAGGGCUUCAGAAGGGCUAUCUCAAGGAGUUGAGGGAUGGGGUGGACCUGGCGAGGGCUCACUGGAAGGUGAAGGUCAAGGAUCUUGAGAAGCAGGCGAGGAGGGGAGGACUGGGGAGGGAGAGGAUGGAGGCAGAGGUCUCGGUUAUCGUGGGAGGGCAGGAGCUGCCGGACAUGCCAGUGGGGGAGAAGAUCAAAUUUUGUUAUCAGGCCCUUAACGCGGUGGAUGUUAUUGAGAGCAUUGUCAUCAGGGUUAAUGAGUGUGCUGAUAAUAAUCCUAUGAAGAAUGUGAAAUUCGAUAAUUGAGGGGGAUAAAUGUUGCUUUAGGAUUUAUUUAAAUAAAAUGAGGGUUUGUAUUUUUAAAUUUGGGGAGUAUUUCUGUAUUUAUUGGGAAUGGAGUUCAAAAUCACCUGGAAAAUGGAUAAAGAGUUCACCAUUCACAAAUGGUCGAGGUGGAUGAACGUUACUUUAGGAAAUAUUGGAAUAAAAUGAUAUUUUGUAUUUUCGA